AUGGCUGAGACUGCGAACGACCAGGCCAAGAAGACGGUCAAGCGUGAUACGCUGAUGGACUUUGAGAAGAAGUGGCAGAAGGACUGGCAGGAGAGCCGUGUCUUUGAGAUCGACAUGCCCGAGGACGACAGCGUUGCGCCGGAGGAGCUGCACGACAAGUACCCAAAGUGGAUGGGCACCUUCCCGUAUCCGUACAUGAACGGCGCCCUUCACCUGGGCCACGCCUUUUCGGUGUCCAAGAUCGAGUUCGCCACUGGCUGGGAGCGCCUGAAGGGCAAGCGGGCCCUGUUCCCGUUCGGCUUCCACGUCACGGGCAUGCCGAUCAAGGCUGCUGCUGACAAGAUCGCGCGCGAAGCUCGAGAUGAGGACGAGCUGUCGGAGAAGGUCGACGACAUGUCGGUCAGCGAGAAGAAGCCGGAGGUCGGUGGCGGAUUCCACAGCAAAAAGACCAAGACCGCGGCCAAGUUUGGCGACAAGAAGUUCCAGUUCCAGAUCAUGCAGGCGCAGGGCAUGUCGAACGAGGAGAUUGCCAAGUUUGCCGACACCGAGCACUGGCUCAAGUACUACCCGCCCGUCGCCAUCGACGAUCUGAACGCCCUUGGCUGCAAGAUCGAUUGGCGCCGCGCCUUCCUGACCACCGACCACAACCCGUACUACGACUCGUUUGCGCGGUGGCAGUUUGAGCGCCUGCACGAGCUGGGCAAGAUCAAGUUCGGCAAGCGCUACACCAUCUGGAGUGCCAAGGAUGGCCAGCCGUGCAUGGACCACGACCGCCAGUCCGGCGAGGGUGUUGGCUCGCAGGAGUACACGGGCAUCAAGCUGCAGGUGCUGAACUGGAGCGACGAGGCCGAGGCCGUCCUGGCCGGCAAGAAGGUGUUCCUGGUCGCUGCUACGCUGCGCCCUGAGACCAUGUACGGCCAGACCAACUGCUUCGUCGGAACCAAGCUCGAGUACGGCUUCUUCCAGUCGCAGAACCCCGACGAGGGCCUGUCGCCUGAGGACGGCAAGACCGUCAAGCUGGGCUCGAUUGUCGGCAACGAUAUCAUCGGAACCAAGGUCGAUGCCCCGCUGGGCCAUUACAAGGACGGCGUGUACGUGCUGCCCAUGGAGAAUGUGCUGGCCACCAAGGGCACUGGCGUCGUCACCUCGGUGCCGUCGGACUCGCCUGACGACUUUGCUGCCCUGCGCGACCUGAAGAAGAAGCUGGAGUACUACGGCAUCAAGGCCGAGUGGGUCGAGGGCUUUGAGCCUGUGCCCGUGCUGUCCACCGCUGCCUAUGGCGAGAUGUCGGCACCCACGCUGUGCGAGCAGAUGAAGAUCUCGUCGCAGAAGGACAAGGACCAGCUGGCCAAGGCCAAGGAGGCGGCGUACAAGGAGGGCUUCUACAACGGCACAAUGACCGUCGGCGACUUCAAGGGCGAGUCGGUGCAGGAGGCCAAGAACAAGGUGCGCGACCUGCUGAUUGCCAACGGCCAGGGCUUCGCCUAUGCCGAGCCUGAGGGCCUGGUCAUGUCGCGUUCUGGCGACGAGUGCGUUGUUUCGCUGUGCGACCAGUGGUACCUGGACUACGGAGAGGCGUCGUGGAAGGCCAAGGCCGAGAAGUGUCUGGAGAACAUGAACACGUUUGGCGCCGAGACCCGCCACCAGUUCGAGCUGACCCUGGACUGGCUCAACAAGUGGGCCUGUGCGCGUACCUACGGCCUGGGCUCCAAGGUGCCCUGGGACCCGACCUACCUGAUCGAGUCGCUCUCAGAUUCGACUAUCUACAUGUCGUACUACACGGUUGCCCACCUGCUGCACCGCUCGCUGGAUGGCACCAAGCCGGGUCCGCUGGGCCUCACCCCCGAGGAUAUCGACAACGCUGCCUGGGACUACGUCCUGCUCGGUCGGCCCCUGCCGGCCGGCCAUGCCAAGGCUGCCGAGCUCGAGAAGCUGCGCCGCUCGUACCUGUACUGGUACCCGGUUGACGUGCGCAACUCGGGCAAGGAUCUGAUCCAGAACCAUCUGACCUUCUGGAUCUACAUCCACACGGCGCUGUUCCCCGAGAGCGAGUGGCCGCGCGGAGUCCGUACAAACGGCCAUCUGCUGCUGAACGGCGAGAAGAUGUCCAAGUCGACUGGCAAUACUCUGAGCCGCUACGGUGCCGAUGCCACGCGCCUUGCCCUGGCCGACGCUGGCGACAGCAUCGAGGACGCCAACUUUGAGGAGUCGACGGCCAACGCCGCCAUCCUGCGCCUGUACACCCUGCUCGAGUGGAUCACCGACGCGCAGAAGGCCCUCGUCGCGUCCGACAAGACGCCCGACCAGGCUGUGACGGUCGAGGAAGUCUCGCUGCGUCCGGCCAGCUCGCCGCUGACCACCAUCGAUCGCGUGUUCGAUGCCGAGAUGGACAAGCUGACUCUGCAGACUGGCGUCGCGUACGACGAGAUGAUGUACCGUGAUGCCCUGAAGAGCGGCUUCUACGAUUUCCAGAUCUCCCGUGACUGGUACCGCGAGGUCACUGCGGCCUCGGGCAUGCACCCGACCCUGGUGCGCAAGUGGAUCGUGCGCCAGAUCAUCCAGCUGAGCCCGAUCACCACGCACUGGUCGGAGCAGGUGUGGCGCGAUGUCCUGGGCAACCAGACCACCGUGCUGGACGCCCGCUGGCCCGCCGAUCUGCCUGCUGAGGCCGACCACAAGAUGCUGGCCACUGGCGAGUACAUCCGCAAGCUGGUGCGCUCUGUGCGCGACGCAGAGACCAACAUGCUCAAGAAGCAGAAGAAGCCCAAGAAGGGCGCUGCUCCGGCAGCCGAGUUCAACCCCAACGAGCCCAAGACCCUCGACAUCUACGUUGCCGCCGAGUUCCCCGAGUGGCAGGACAGCGUCAUGGCUGUGCUGCAGGACCACUUUGAUCCGGCCACGCGCACCUUUGCCGACAAGCAGAUUCCGGGCGCCUUUGGCAAGCUGGGUAUGCUCAAGAACAAGAAGGUCAUGCCGUUUGCGCAGGAGAUCAAGAAGCGCGUGCUGCUGAUCGGCGAGUCGGCGUUUGACCGCCAGCUGCACUUUAGCGAGCUUGAUGUGCUGGCCGAGAUCGUGCCGUACCUGAAGAAGUCGCUGGGCUACUCUGAGAUUUCUCUGAUCGAUCUGGCCAAGUCGGCUGCUGAGCUGGACGAGGCCCAGGCCAAGGCUGCUGAUUCUGCUGUUCCGGGCUGA